CGACAAUGAUAAGUGUUCCACAUUCUGACACUUAGUGAUAAAGUCCGAACGGUAAUGUCACAUCAGUAACAUUAACGGCUUGGUGGAAUUUGAAACUCGACUAAAAGGCAGGUCAAACACAAGUACAAUUCCCCAUAAAGGACAUCAUAAUCUGCCCAUAUGUCUCGAGCCAAGGCAAAGAUUUAUGUGGAUGGAUUUGUCAAGCCUGGCUUUGAGAAGGUCCUACAGACAUUUAAGUACAACCUUGAACAAGGUCUAGAGAGGGGAGGGGCAUUCGCUGCCUACUACAAAGGAGAGCUGGUGGCCAAUGUAUGGGGAGGAACUGCAGAUGGAAAGUCUGGAGUCAUGUGGAAAAAGGAUUCUCUCCCUUGCUUUUACUCCACAACAAAGUCUAUGUCAGCUGUUGUUAUAGCUCACCUGGUGGACAAAGGUUUACUAAACUAUGCUGAGAAGGUGAAGACCUAUUGGCCAGAAUUUGCUCAGAAUGGAAAAGAAAGUGUUUCACUGGAGCAGUUGAUAAGUAACCAGGCUGGUGUAGCGGCCUGUGAUGAGAAGUUCCAGAUGGCCAUGAUCCAGGAUAACCCCAACAAACUCGGUGAAAUACUUGCAAAGCAGAAACCUUUGUGGAAACCAGGAACCAAUCAUGGCUACCACCCGAUCACAUUUGCUCUGUACCUGGAUCAGAUUGUGCGACGUGUUGACCCGAAACAGAGAAGUCUCGGACUUUACUUUAAGGAGGAAAUUGCUGAUCCAUUCGAUUUAGAAUUUUACAUUGGUCUUCCUAAAUCACUGUACUACCGAGCACCACGGGUUGUGAUGAUGAAGAAGUUUGACGUUGCUGAUUACCUUGAAAAUUUUAAAGGAGAUAUUGAGAUUUUAAAUAAAACAGCUGAUAACCCAACAGAUUUCCGCUCAGUUCGCCGCAUGAAUGAUCCAGACAUUCGGUGCCUCCCAGUAGGGUCUGUGUGUGGCCAUGGGACAGCAGAAUCUGUGGCAAAAUUCCAUGGUAUCCUUGGCAACGGUGGUAUAUACAAAGGCAAGAGGAUGUUGUCACCAGAGAGCAUACAGAGGAUCCAGGAAAUGAAGGUCGGGGGUUUUGACCUUUCCUUCAGUAUGGACGGGAUGUGGAGUCUGGGUACCAUGUUGUUUCCUGUAUUUGAAGAUGGGAAGAGAAUGAUGAUGUUUGGACAUGGUGGUUACGGAGGACAGAUGGGGCUGGCUGACUCUCACUACAAGGUGGGUCUAGCGUAUGCCACCAACCACCUAGAUCCCACAUCCCGUGCUGGGGCAGACGCAGACAAACGAUGGCCUUCCCUCUACUACACAUUGUAUGAGUGUAUACACAAGAUUGAGAAUGUGAAAGUCAGUCGGAAAACUCUGUACCAGUUUAAUGACUAUAAAGUGUUUACCUCAAGCAAACUGUGAUAAAACAUUUAUAAAAUAAUCAGUGAAACUUGAGUGCUCUCCCUGGAAAAGUGGUCUACCUAGGAAGAGAUUGCAAGUGUUAAGAGAUUGUGUACAUGUCUGUAUGGACAUACUCUGUCGGUAUAGACUAGCUGCCUAUAUGCUCUGUUGUUUUGUUUGUAAGUGACACCAUUUAACCAGAGAAACCUAGACCACUUGUCUAGAGAGACCAAUAUUUUCCUGAAAACAUACAGUUGAGAAUCAUUUUAUGAAUCAUUACAUAAUCAGAUGAUAUAUGUGUGUCAUUGUAGUCAGAAAUGGUGCUUUAAUUCUCAGGACAACAUUAAUGGCAAAUUCAUAAUCGUAAUUCUUAUGGAUUUGUUGGAUAUAAAUGUUAGAUGCAAAUGAAUACUCUGUACAUCUGUUUCAUAUAUCUUGGAGUGAGAGAAUUAAGCCUUCAACUUAAGUUUUUUUUAUUAUAUUACAAUACCUUUACUGAUUAAUGCCUUGGUAAUACAAAAAGCUAACUUUUAAGUUUGUUCUUAUAUCAAACAUAUUUAAAUUUCAAUAUUGCACUCCAAUGACUUAAAUCUAUCAUUUCUGCAUUUUAUUUACAUUUCAAAUUAAAUCAAUAUGUGAUCGUAUACAUGCAAUAUAAAUACAUGUUCAUGAUAUCAAAAGUUAAAGUUAAAAGUUGUACCAAAUUCUAACAGCGAUUGAUUAAAUGAUUAAAUAAGUGUUUUCUCAAAGAAGCAGUUAGAUAGCCUGUUCAUUCAAAUAUGUAUGUUCUAUAUAAAAUCUGUAUUCUUUUCAGAAAUUUCAGUUGAAUGAAAUAUCAAUCAGAUAUAAAUCUUGAUGUUUUCCAAGCAUAAAUUCUGUGAUUUUGAUAUUGUUUACCCUCUGUAUACGUUCCAAUAAAUAUGUGAUUAAUCCCGAAA